CGUUUUUCCAAACAAAACCCGACAGCAGGAUGAUUUAACUCCACCUUGUUGCCUGCAGUCUUAGAUUAAUAUGUUGAUGACUGCACAGUCGGACGAGACCUUUUUCCCCAGUUUAUUGUGUCUCUGUGGAUAAAUUUGCUACGAUUAAGCAGAUAAUUGGAUUAAACCGCGCGUAUCUGUGUAAUUAUUUCUUUUUUUCAGGCGGGUCUGCAAAUCCGGGGUCUUACAGCUUUGCGUUAUUCGAGGAUUCCUCGUCCAGAUUAAAUUCGUCACCAUAAUGAACAAUAAGGACUGCACGUUGUGGAGCCGGCGAUAGACGUCCAUGUGCAAUGAAUAAAUCAUGCUCUUAGACUUGUUGUUGCUCUAAAGAUAUUUUUCACGGAGCUGCGAGUGGGGAUGGGUGAGAUAAAGAAAUGCAGAAAAAAAGGAAGCACUUUACUGGUGGCUUGGACUGUGGGCUUUUUGGCAAUUUGUUUGAUCAUUUUGCAUUGUGUGCUAAUCUUCUGGUGAAUGUUGCUUAAGAAAGACAAUCACACAGUGAGCAAGUCUGCAGAGAGAAGGCAAGACAGGCAAACAGAGAGAAAAUAAUGAAGGCAGGAUCCUUCUGUCCUUCUGCUGUUUGCUGACCAACUCUCAGCCUGUAUGGCUUAACAACAAAAGCGAGAGAUGCAGUGAAGGAGAACUGACACGGCUCGGGUCAAAGGUUAAGCGUGGGAGGUUGCAGGAUGCAGUCUCGUGCUCAGGAGCAGCCAUUGGCCCUCACUGCAGUGAAGUCACGCUAUCCGACCAAUGGGAAGGAGGAGGAGGUGAACACAGAUGCAGAUUCCAUGGAGGAGGAGGCGGAGUUUAACUGGGAGGAGUACAUGGAGGAGACGGGGGCCAACGCCGCCCCUCACACCACCUUCAAACAUGUGGAGAUCAGCCUGCAGAGCAGCUUCCAGCCCGGCAUGAAGCUGGAAGUGGCCAAUAAGAGCAGCCCGGACACGUACUGGGUGGCCACCAUCAUCACCACGUGCGGUCAGCUGCUGCUGCUGCGCUUCAGCGGCUACGGCGACGACCGCAAGGCCGACUUCUGGUGUGACGUCAUGACGGCCGAGCUGCACCCGGUGGGCUGGUGCACGCUGAACAACAAGACCCUCAUGCCCCCCGAAGAUAACGUUUACCUAAGAAAAGCCAUCAAGGAGAAGUACAGCGACUGGACAGAGUUCCUCGUCCGGGACCUGACGGGCUCCAGGACGGCGCCGGCCAACCUGCUGGAGGGGCCUCUGAGAGGUAAGAACACAGUGGAUCUGAUCGUCGAGGGCUCGGUGUUGGAGCUUCAGGACAUCUCGGACCCGUUCCUCUACUGGCCGGUCCGAGUCGCCCAGAACGUGGGAGGCAGGCUCCGUCUACGCUACGCCGGCCUCUCUGACGACCAGCAGGCUCACGACACCUGGCUGUUCUACCUGGAUGUCAGGCUCCGCCCCCUCGGCUGGGCUCUGGAGAACCAUCUCACCUUAGAGCCGCCCACAGCACUGCGGGCUCUGAAGAGCGCCCCCGACUGGCAGCAGGCGCUGGAGGACGCGCAACUCGACGGACAGAAGAGCCCGCUGCCGCUCGAGGUGUUCAAGGACCACGUGGACCUGCCUAAGCACUCCUUCAAGACCGGGAUGAAGCUGGAGAUGGUUUCUCCAUGGGAGGAGCUCCAGAUCUGCCCCGUUUCUGUCACCAAGGUCUACAAUGAGAUCUACUUCCAGGUAACGCAGGAUGAUCUCUGUGCUGACGCUAAGCCGCGCUGCAUGCUGUGUCACGCCAACUCGCCGGGCAUCCUGCCCGUGCAGUGGUGUAUGAAGAACGGCGUGGGUCUGGAGCGGCCCCGGGGCUACGAGGGCCAGGACUUCGACUGGGCCGACUACCUGAAGCACAGCGGGACGGAGGCGGCUCCCGACGCCUGCUUCCCUGAUACAUGGCAGAACAGAGGCUUUGUCAAGGACAUGUGGCUGGAGGCAGUGAACCCUCACCGGCCAGCAGAGGUGUGUGUGGCUCAGAUCACACAGGUCAGAGGACGCCUGCUGUGGCUCCGACUGGAAGGUGUGGCGAAGGCCCUGUCAGAGUGUAUCGUGGAUGUCGAGUCAAUGGACAUCUUUCCUGUCGGCUGGUGUGAAGCCAACGCUUACACUCUGACCCCACCAUUCAAACCUGUCUGCCAGAAGCAGAAGAAGAUUGCGGUGGUCCAGCCAGAGAAACAGUUGGCUCCGUCCCAGCCGCUGGAGACGACUCCUGUCAGCUACUGCCAGCCCGUCGCCAUGGAUCCAGGCUCAGCCAAUGGCAGAUACUGCUGCUCCAAGAUUUUUGUCAACCACCGCUGCUUCUCAGGACCGUACCUCAACAAGGGCCGCAUCGCGGAGCUGCCGCAGGCCGUCGGACCUGGGAAAUGCACGCUGGUCCUGAAAGAGCUGCUGAGCAUGCUGGUCAACGCCGCCUACAAGCCCGGACGAGUCCUGAAGGAGCUGCAGGAGCUGGAGGAUCAGAGCUGGGACUGCCAAGAGGAGACCCUCAAAGCCAAAUACAAAGGGAAAACCUAUCGCUCCACCAUCCGGAUAGUCCGCCUCGCAGACCAGAUCCCCGACUUCUGCCGCAAGGUGUGCGUGAAGCUGCAGUGCUGCCCGAACCUCUUCAGCCCCGUCCUCGUCACCGACAAGUGCCCAGAGAACUGCUCCCUUCAGACGAAAACCAAAUACACCUAUUACUAUGGGAAGAAGAGGAAGCUGUCCAAGCCGACGGGCGGAGAGGAGACAGCUGAGGGAGACCUGGCCAAGCCGGCGCGCCGCAGGAAGAAGAGGAAAGCUAUCUUUGUGCAGAAGAAGAGACGCUCGUCCGCUGUGGACUACACUCCUGCUGGCUCACCGCAGGACAGUGACGAGGGAGAGGAGGAUGAGGAGAUGGCGCUGCAGUCGGGCAGCGAGGGCACCAGCUCGGAGCCACGCGAGGACCACACCGAUGCCUCCUCGGUGGAUGUGAUGAGCAGUCGUCCUCGCCGGGCCGCGUCGCUGCGCAGGGCCUUGAGUGCCGGUCCCCCAACGGGCGGCCGGGAGGCCCUCGAGGGCCGCAGGAGGUCGACUCGCUCGCUGUCGGCCUACAACCAGAACAACAAGUAUCAGCCACCGAAAGGACAAGACAUGCAGGUGCAGACAGAGAGACAACACACUGAUGGUUCAAGCCUCACAGUGAUGGAGGAGGAGGGUCAGCUGGUGUUGGACAGAAAUCCUCUGGAGUGGAGCGUAGACGAAGUGGUUCAGUUCAUUAACUCUACUGACUGUUCGUCCCUGGCCAGCAUCUUCCAGGAGCAGGACAUCGACGGUCAGGCCCUGCUGCUGCUAACUCUGCCCACCGUGCAGGAGUGUAUGGACCUGAAGCUCGGCCCCGCCAUCAAACUGUGUCACCAGAUAGAGCGCGUCAAGGUUGCCUUUUACCGGCAGUACGCCAACUAAUCAAGGAGCAGCAAGCGACACACCGAAAACCCGGGCGAUGGACAGAAAUGUCGCGCACGACUAGAAAAUGUUGGAUUGGGCGCCUCCUGGUGGAAAACCUUGGAAGUUUUUGGCAGGUGUGGAUAUUCAGCUCGCGAGAGGAGCAGACAUUUGAAAAACGGCUCCUUUGAAAAGGUAGAAACUGAGUCAUGAGAGGAGAAGCCGAGGGUCGAGUUCUGCGAUAACGUCGCUGUGACAACGCGAUGCAGUACCCACGAAAACGUCCCCGCUGUCGACUCCUGCCGUAUGAAACACGUCGGCGUCGACCCGUGUGCUUUAUCGAUCUGUGAAGAAGUUAUUUUGAGAAGCUGAGGACUUUUUCUGAAGACAUUUGUGUUCAAUUCUUGCUUUCCGCUUCCAUUUUAUUAUGUGAUAGAGGAACAUCAUAACAUUUAAGUUAGAACUAAGUAUUUACCAUCAAGAGUUUUCCCCUUUUUGUGUGACAUGAUUGGUUCUGACAAGUAUUUAAAGUACCAAGAAGUAAUAUAUUUGGAAUAUUUAUUAUUGUCCUAAUUUAUAAGGAGUAAGCUUAAUCUAUUUGGAUGUAAAGAAAACAAUUGAACAGUUAUGUUCCUAACAUCAACAUCAACUCCUUUUCCACUGAAACAAACCUCUAAAAGUUUAUUUCACAAACAGAAACCAGAACUGCAUUUAUUUAGAUUCACACUUCACUUUGUGUUUAAAAAGGUAAUAAAACUUGUUUGGGAAACCGAGUCCCAUGUUAAUACUCUUAAAUACUCUCAGCCCAGCUGUACUCACUUCUCCUUGUUACAAUCACAUGGAACAAUCGUGUAAGCUAUUUUGUGUCCAUCUAUGCAAAUUUGUUGCAAAUAUUUUUGAUAAAAAAAUAAAUUUCUAUUGAUUUGUA